CUGAAUCUAGAGAAUGUUUUGAAUGUUCAAGAUGCUAUGGAGGCUGAUCUAAAGAAUAUUGAUGGUCUUGAUGAGUUGCAUUUGGAGUGGACUUCUGAUUCUGGUAAUGUGAGGAAUAAAACCAAUGAAGAAAUGCAGGUCCUCAAAUGGUUAAAACCUCAUUUAAAUUUGAAGAGUCUCACAAUUGUUUCCUAUGGUGGCCAAGAAUUCCCUUCUUGGAUUGGUGAUCCAUUUUUUUCUAAUUUAUCAUAUUUGAAUCUUAGAGAUUGCAAGAGAUGCACUUUGUUGGCGUCACUUGGGCUAUCACCUGUUUUGAAAGAAUUGAUUAUAGAAGGCAUGAAGGGAAUAGAAACAGUGGGUCCAGAGUUUUAUGGGAAUGGAACUUUCUCAUCAUUGGAGAAGACAAUUACCCAGCCAGCUUUCUUCUCUGUUGAAUCUUGUGAUAAAUGGAUGCCCAGAGUUAAGAUGCUCAUGUACCACAAGUCUUGUGUCACUUAAAAACCUUCAUAUUGGAGACUGCAGUGUUAUUCUUUUGAAGAGCAUGAUUGAUCUCACCUCUCUCACUCAAUUGAGAAUUGAGAAUAUUUCAGAGAUGUCUUGCUUGCCUAAGUGUUUUACACAGUUCUUAACAGCUCUUGAGAAUCUUGAAAUUGAAGGGUGCAAAGAACUUACUUGUGUGUGGGAGGAUGGAUCAGAAACAAUAAACCUUGCUCGCCUUGAGAAAAUGGAAAUUAGGAGUUGUCCUUUGCUUGUGUCGUUGACAGGGAAAGAACAAGGCCUCUUGCCAUUGAG